UCAACGGUGGCCGGCAGCCACCUCCGCCACUAUCUCACCGGCUCCGCCACUUUCACCCUAUAAACAACAAUCAAACCAUCGAGCAUAACCACCACCAGAUACCAUGCUGACCUUCUUGUUGAACCCAUUUCUUCUGCCAUUCGUCAUCCUUCUCUUCAUCAAAUGGCAAUUCUUCCCUCCAAAAACCACCGGAAACCCGCCGCCGUCACCACUCAAGUUGCCCAUCAUCGGAAACUUCCACCAACUCGGCACCCUCCCCCACCAAUCUCUCCGCUCAUUAUCCAUCCGUUACGGUCCCCUCAUGCUCAUUCACCUCGGCAACGUCCCGACGGUGGUCGCCUCCUCCGCCGACGCCGCCUGUGAGAUCAUGAAAACUCACGACAUCGUCUUUGCAAGUCGGCCCGAAUCCAAAUUGGCCAAGAAACUUCUAUACGACUGUAAAACCGUCUCGGCGGCACCAUACGGCGACCACUGGCGGCAGCUGAAAAGCAUCAUGGUGCUCCAGCUUUUGAGCACCAAGAGGGUUCGGUUUUUCCGCUCAGUACGAGCGAAAGAAACCGCCCUCCUGUUAGAAAUCAUUGAUGAUUUGGACAACAAACCCGUGAAUCUAAGUGAUUUGUUUGUGACGUACACGAACAACGUGACGUGUGAGGUAGUGCUUGGGCGGAAGUAUGGCGAAGGGCCGAACGGAAAGAAGUUCAAGCAGCUUUUGCGGGAAUUUCUCGUGACGUUGGGUUCUGUCAACAUCGGCGACUUCAUUCCGUGUCUCGCAUGGGUCGAUCGUGUCAACGGUUCCGACAGGGAAGUCGAAAGGAUCGCGAGGGAAAUUGACGAAUUCGUGGAGGGAGUAGUAGAAGAGCGUAAGAAGAAGCAUCGUGAUACCGCAGGAAAUGUCGUCGACUACGAUAAUUUCGUCGAUAUCGUGCUCAAGAUACAACAAGACGAAACAGACGGGAUUCUUCUCGACAAGACUAACAUCAAAGCACUCCUUUUGGAUGCAUAUACCGCCGGAACUGAUACAACUGCUACUGUACUAGAAUGGGUGAUGGCGGAGCUCCUCAGACACCCAAAUAUAAUGAAGAAAGCACGAGACGAAGUGAGGGGAGUUUCUGGCAGCAAGACCGGCCUCGCUGAAGAGGAUAUCGAGAAGAUGACGUACCUAAAAGCAGUAAUCAAGGAGACUCUCCGACUCCAUCCUCCGCUUCCGCUACUCGUUCCAAACAUCGCCUCGAAAGACGUCCGAGUCAUGGGGUACGAUAUCCCCAAGGGAACGACGGUUAUGACGAAUGUAUGGGCAAUCGGUCGGGACCCGAAACUUUGGGACGAACCUCAAGAGUUUCGCCCAGAGAGGUUCUUGGGUUCUAGUAUCGAUUUCAAAGGGCAUGACUUCGAGCUGAUACCAUUCGGAGCCGGAAGGAGGAUUUGCCCGGGAAUUGUGUUUGCAAUGGCUACUAACGAGAAUUUGAUAGCAAACCUUCUCUACAAGUAUGAUUGGAAAUUGGCCAAUGGAGAGAUCGGAGAGGAUUUGGAUAUGACCGAAUGCCCGGGAGUUGCCGUGCGCAAAAGGGUUCCUCUUCUCGCUGUUGCAAUUCCAACCUAACGAAUCUCGAGGAUCGGCUCAACCGGAAAAUAAAGGCUAGGUCUUGAGGCUACUCCCAUAGGUCCCCAUUUCGAGUCUUUUUUGGGGCUACUCAGGAUUUUCCUGAAUCGUAUCUUCAAAGCGCCAUCGAAUUAGUCGAGAUGCGUGCAAGCUAGCCUGAACAUCCACAGUUACCAAAAAUAGAAAAAUAACUCCGGCCUAACGGCCUUGUUCGUUUAGUUCAUUUUCUUGUUUGUAUGUUGUUCAUCUCAUUCUAGUUACGAUUUACGAAUUCAUCAAGCAAUCGAAUAAC